GUGCGCAGUCGCGUUGCAUCUCGCCAGCCUCCCGCCGGGAACUGCCGGGACGCAUGCGAGCUGCAGAUUCGGCGCCUGCGCGUGGUGACGGUGAACGCGCGGUUGGUCGACGCGCGAGCGUCCUUGCUGCUAAGUACGCUCGUGAGGCGCUGCGCGUGCGCGUGCGCGGCCGCAAAGCGGGGCGGGAGGAAACGAGUGCGUUUUCCUCUUAGGCGGCGCCAUUUUGUGUUCAGAGCCGCUCCAGCUGCCGGCGGUGUGCGGCUGAGUCGGUGGCGAAGACGGGAACGCGACGAUGGCGGAGACUCUGCCCGGGUCGGGCGACUCGGGCCUUGGCACGGCUGCUCUCGGCCCGGGCGUUGCGGAGACUGGGACGAGGCGACUCAGCGAGCUGCGGGUGAUCGAUCUGCGGGCGGAGCUGAAGAAGCGGAACCUAGACACGGGCGGCAACAAGAGCGUCCUGAUGGAGCGGCUCAAGAAGGCGGUUAAAGAAGAGGGGCAAGAUCCUGAUGAAAUUGGCAUCGAGUUAGAAGCCAGCAGCAAGAAGUCAGCCAAGAGAUGUGUUAAAGGACUGAAGAUGGAGGAGGAAGGCACAGAAGAUAACGGCCUGGAAGAUGAUUCCAGAGACGGGCAGGAGGACCUGGAAGCAAGUCUGGAGAACCUGCCGAGUAUGGGCAUGACGGACAUGAGUGUGCUGGACGAAACUGAAGUGGAGAAUAGCAGUGCUCCAGAUUUUGGGGAGGAUGGCGCGGACAGUCUUCUCGAUUCCUUUUGUGAUAGUAAAGAAUACGUGGCCGCACAGCUGAGACAGCUCCCGGCUCAGCUCCCAGAGCAUGCUGUGGAUGGGGAAGGAUUCAAGAACACUUCGGAAACUUCAUCGUUGAACUUCAAAGUAACUGCGGACUUUGAAGAAUCUCUUUUGGAGCCAGGUACUGAUAAGAGAAACACGACAGUUAUGCUAAAUCGAAUUGACUUUUACAAAUCUGACAUUGUAUUUUUGGGCUCUUUUAAGGAAGAAAAAGAUAUAAAGCCAAUCAUUAAAGAUGAAAAAGGUCGAGUCGGCAGCAGUUCUGGUCGGAACCUGUGGGUCAGCGGGCUGUCCUCAACAACACGAGCCACGGAUCUCAAGAACCUUUUCAGCAAGUAUGGGAAGGUUGUUGGGGCCAAAGUGGUAACAAACGCCCGCAGCCCGGGGGCUCGAUGCUAUGGAUUUGUCACCAUGUCGACAUCCGACGAGGCGACCAAGUGCAUCAGCCAUCUCCACAGGACUGAGCUGCAUGGAAGAAUGAUUUCCGUAGAGAAGGCCAAAAACGAGCCUGCUGGGAAAAAGCUUUCUGACAGAAAAGAGUGCGAAGUGAAGAAGGAAAAAUUAUCAAGUGUCGACAGACAUCAUUCUGUGGAGAUCAAAAUUGAAAAAACCGUAAUUAAGAAGGAGGAGAAGAUUGAGAAGAAGGAGGAAAAAAAGCCUGAAGACAUUAAAAAGGAAGAAAAAGACCAGGAUGAGCUGAAACCCGGACCUACAAGUCGGUCUAGAGUCACCAAAUCAGGAAGCAGAGGAAUGGAGCGGACGGUCGUGAUGGAUAAAUCAAAAGGAGAGCCCGUCAUUAGCGUGAAAACCACCAGCAGGUCCAAGGAGAGAAGCUCCAAGAGUCAGGAUCGCAAGUCAGAAAGCAAAGAAAAGAGAGACAUCUUGUCGUUUGAUAAAAUCAAAGAACAAAGGGAGAGAGAGCGCCAGAGGCAGCGGGAACGGGAGAUCCGAGAAACGGAGAGGCGGCGGGAGCGCGAGCAGCGGGAGCGGGAGCAGCGCCUGGAGGCCUUCCAUGAGCGGAAGGAGAAGGCCCGGCUGCAGCGGGAACGCCUGCAGCUCGAGUGCCAGCGCCAGCGGCUGGAGCGGGAGCGCAUGGAGCGGGAGCGACUAGAGCGGGAACGCAUGCGCGUGGAGCGUGAGCGCAGGAAGGAGCAGGAGCGCAUCCACCGCGAGCGCGAGGAGCUGCGGCGGCAGCAGGAGCAGCUGCGCUACGAGCAGGAGAGGCGGCCGGGGCGGAGGCCCUACGACCUGGAUCGGCGAGAUGAUGCCUAUUGGCCAGAAGGAAAGCGUGUGGCGAUGGAGGACAGAUACCGUGCGGACUUUCCACGGCCGGACCACCGCUUCCACGAUUUCGAUCAUCGAGACCGGGGCCAGUACCAGGACCAUGCCAUCGACAGGAGAGAGGGUUCGAGGCCAAUGAUGGGAGACCACCGGGACGGGCAGCACUAUGGAGAUGACCGCCAUGGCCACGGAGGACCCCCAGAGCGCCACGGCCGGGACUCCCGUGAUGGCUGGGGGGGCUACGGCUCCGACAAGAGGCUGAGUGAAGGCCGGGGUCUGCCCCCUCCCCCCAGGGGUGGCCGUGACUGGGGAGAGCACAACCAGCGGCUGGAGGAACACCAGGCACGUGCCUGGCAGGGUACCAUGGACACAGGCACGGCCAGCCGGGAGCACGCCAGGUGGCAAGGUGGCGAGAGGGGCCUGUCGGGGCCCUCGGGGCCGGGGCACAUGGCAAGCCGCGGUGGAGUGGCGGGGCGAGGCGGCUUUGCACAAGGUGGACAUUCCCAGGGCCACGUGGUGCCAGGUGGCGGACUGGAAGGUGGUGGAGUGGCCAGCCAGGACCGGGGCAGCAGAGUCCCGCACCCACACCCCCAUCCGCCCCCGUAUCCCCACUUCACCCGCCGCUACUAAGUCCCACUCACUGCGAGUUUUCAGGUGGGCAGAUGCACUGUUGAAUCUGGUAGCCAAGGUUCCCUUGAACUUGGGGGAUCUUUUUAAAAGCAAAGCAAAUCCUGCCACCGUGUUGUAGCUCAAUACAAUGUGAACUCACUUUUUUUUUUUUAAUAAAUGUGUUCUUGUUCUGCCGUUUUUAAAUCAAGGUUUCUGUUAAUGAGGCAUUCCAUUUUCCAUUAAUAAAGUUUAUCAUUCGCA